AUGGUCAUGGCUCCCGUCCACUUGCCACCUCCGAAUGCCGCUCACAUCUCACUACCAGCACAAGCUUCCGACCCUCCUACUCUGGCAGAUCUCACGAACGCCUCUCGCUAUUAUGAUAAACUGUCGGAGAAUAAACGAAUGAGCACGAGCUCUCGUAGGGUGACUGACAAUGAUCUCGGCCAGGCGUUGCUAUAUGUCCACAAGCUUUGCGAUCGAUCCGGGCGCCAGGGAGAUGAUGCGAUUCCGACGGCGGGUAUAAUCCGAGAUAUUAUCAGGGACUCAUUAGCUCCUCUGAGGGAGAGAGUUGAUAUGCUGAUGGAGAAAGUUGAUACACUGCUCGAAAUUUCGUCUCAGGCCUACAACGCCGGUUGUGGAUCGGGCGAAUAUCGCAACUACAAAGUCAUCCCUUUCAGGAACGUCGAUGGAGAGGUGGAACAGCCUGAGGAGCACGAUCUACCACUUUUGACAACGAGCACGGCGAUCAAUGAUCUCAGCAACGAUCAGCUGAAUGAAUAUAUGGACCGCUACCGUAUCCAGCGUGCGGCAAAUCUCUCGCGAGAGUCGAAGCUCAGGCGCCUCAGAGCAUUUGUUGGUUGUACUGUGGACGUAUGA